AUGUUGGCUUAUCACAUGCAAAAUUUCAGCGGAUACUCCGUUCAAUAUUCGCCCUUUUUCGAUAAUAAAUUAGCUGUAGCAUCUGGUGCAAACUAUGGACUAGUUGGUAAUGGUAAACUAUUUAUAUUAACUAUUCAACCCUCAGGUCAAAUUGUUCCAUCAAAUGCUUUCUUAACAAGAGACGGACUAUUUGAUUUAAGUUGGAACGAAUUAAACGAAAAUCAAGUGCUAGUGGCACAAGGGGAUGGUACCUUAAGAUUAUUUGAUAUAAACUUGCAGAAAUAUCCUGUCGCAAUUUUUCAAGAACAUAAAAGGGAAGUUUAUAGCUGUAACUGGAACUUAGUGAAUAAACAGAAUUUUGUAAGCUCUUCAUGGGAUGGUACCUGUAAAAUAUGGAGUCCGGUAAGAAAACAAAGCUUACUAACAUGGCAACCAGUGCCUAACACCGCAAAAACAAACACAAAUAGAUCUUGUGUCUAUCAAGUGGAGUUUUCACCACAUGAUCCAAAUUUAAUUUUGUCGUGCUCAGGCACCUCUCAUAUAUCGUUGAAAGAUUUACGUCAACCAGGUAAUCAUGUACUGAGUUUCAUAGGCCAUCAUGGAAUGGAGAGCUUAACUGUUGAUUUUAAUAAAUAUAGACCACAUAUUUUUUGUUCUGGUGGUGCAGACAAAUUGAUUCGGAUAUGGGACAUGAGAAGUAUAAAGAAGAAUCCAAGAUUUCAGCCAAUGAGUAUUAAUGAAUUAACUGGACAUGAAUUAGCCAUUAAAAAAGUUAGCUGGUCCCCACAUUUGGAUGAUGUUCUAUUAAGUGUUUCUUAUGAUAUGACCUGUAGGGUAUGGAAUGAUAUCAGAGCUCACAAUAUAGCAGUUACAAACGCUGUAGACCCAAAUGGUGGAUGUAGAAAACUUUUCAAUAAACAUACAGAAUUUGUGACUGGUUGCGAUUGGAGUUUAUGGGGUAGUCCUGGAUUUGUAUCAACAACAGGCUGGGAUGGUAAUGUCUUCAUAUGGAAUGCUUUACGUUAA